UGUUUAUGUGCGGCAAAUGGAGCUUAAAAAAAUGAAACCUCUGCUGGAUACAGAACCGGAAUCCAACGAUAAUGUGAAUGAAAAUAAACCGGGGAAGCGACGCAACCCAUUCAACACGCAGCGCUUGAAGGAGGAAAAGGAGCGCAGGCAAAAAAAGAAGGCACGUCUCAUUGUACGCAACAUCAGCUACAAAUCAACGGAUGAAGCAAUGCGCGAGUAUUUUGGGCAAUGGGGCACACUGGAGGAUGUGAACAUCCUGAAGCGAGGCGAUGGAAAACUCGUUGGCUGCGCAUUUGUGCAAUAUGAAACAAUUAAUCAGGCCACCAAAGCUAUACUCCAAUCCAAUGGCAAGGAACUUCUGGGACGUAAAAUUUUUGUGGAUUGGGCCAUUGGCAAGGAUGAAUAUGCAGCCAAGCACCAAAAAGACGAGCCAGACGACAAGAAACCCAAGUUGGAGGUGAAGGAAGAGAGUGAUACUGAAAAUGGAGGAGAGAUUGUUAAUAAAGUAGCAUCCGGCAAGGAGUCUGAUAUAGAAGAUGCUGAGGAGGAAGAUGAGCAAAGUGAGAACGAAGAUGAAGAAGAUCUGGAUAAUGAUGAUGACGAUGACGGCGAUGAUGAUGAUGAUGACGACGAUGAUGAUGACGACGAUGAUGAUGACGACGAUGAUGAUGUCGAGGAUGAUGAAAAGGAAGACAAAAAGGAUUUGAAAUCAAAACUGGAGCACGUAAAGCAGGAGAAAACCAUUUCCAAUGAUGUGCAACAAGGUUGCACAGUCUUCAUUAAGAAUGUGCCCUUUGACGCCGAGGAUGGGGACUUGCGUAAAGUGUGCCGCAAAUUUGGUGUCGUGCAGUAUGCAAUCAUUAACCGGCAAUCAGUUUCCGGCCACUCGAAGGGUACUGCCUUUGUCAAGUUCAAGGCCAAGGAGUCAGCUGAUCUUUGUCUGCAGGCUGGCACCGAGUUUAAGCUAAUGGACGAGGUGUUGGAUCCACAUCCGGCGCUAAGUCGCGACGAAAUCAAAACAAAACAAUCGGAAAGUUCCAAAGAGGAAGCCAAGGAUUCACGUAAUCUCUAUCUGGCCAGGGAAGGUCUGAUCAUGGCCAAUUCAAAGGCAGCCGACGGCGUUUCCGCAUCAGACAUGGCGAAACGACACGAAUUGGAGCAGGUGAAGACGCAGGUGCUUAAGAACUUGAAUCGUUUCGUUUCACGCAAUCGGUUAUCCAUACACAAUCUGCCUUUGAACUAUGACAACGAAAAGCUCAAGCAAAUGGCCCUCACCUACACGGGCUUUCGUCCACAUGAGUGUCGUGUGAUGCGUGACCAGAAGGUUACUCCAGAGCAUCCACAUGGCAAAUCCAAGGGCUUUGGCUUCCUUUCCUUUGACACACACCAGCGAGCUUUGGCUGCGCUCCGAAAACUAAAUAACAAUCCUAGCAUCUUUGGCACGCAACACCGUCCCAUUGUUGCGUUUAGCAUUGAAGAUCGUGCAGUGCACAAAAUCAAAGAAAAACGCACUGAGCGCUCAAAACAGAACAAUCCCACAUACAAAUCGAAGCUGGAACAACGCAAGGAGCAACGUGCUCUUAAACGCAAAGGUAUAAAGCCAACUCCAAAGAUAGGACCUCAGGACGAUAACAAGGCGAAGCUACAGAAGCACAUCAAGAAACUCGAAGCGAGUAGAGCAGCCAAGGCAGAGGGUAAACAGCAGCAGCAACAAAAGAAGGCCAGCGACGUAGAGGGCGACUUUGUGGGCACCGCUGCCAAGCCAGGAACCUCAUUACGCAUGCGUUCCAAGAAGAAGAUAAUGGAACAGGCGCAAGAGCAUAUGAAACGAGUGAAAACCGAGAAACGUAAGCAGAAAAAUAAAAAGAUACGUGAAACGCAUUUGGCUGAGCGCAAGGCCAACAAUCGACCCAAACAAGGACACAAAAAGGAAAAGGACGAACUAAGACCUCUAAUUAACAAAUACAAAAACAUGAUCAGUGGCAAUGAAGGCGGAGGAGGUGUAACAGGCGGUAAAGUGAAAAAACCUAAGCGUACCAAGUGGUAUGCGGAUUAGGGUCAAGAGAUGACUCAGUUAAUGUAAAUAAGGACUAU